AUGAAAUCGAAUAACACAAAGCUAGUGACAAGGCGCCCAACCUUGAAGACACUAUCGCACAAGCAAAUCAAAACGACAAUCUAUAUCAAGUCCUCUACACCUUACAUAAGUGCGCUCAAAAGGACGAAAAAGUUCUUGGCAAACCUACGGAAGAACAACUCAAAGUAUGUGUCUUUGAUGGGAAUGGGGAAAGCAGUGGAGAAGACAUUAGCCAUAGGGUGCUACUUCCAAAAUGAAAAGGGAAAUGGCAUUGAUAUCAUAACGAAAACAGUAGAGGUGAUAGAUGAACUUAUGGAAACGGAAUCAAUGGGCAUGCAUGAAGAUGCGGGAGUACAAGAUGUUGAAGAACAGAGCGAUGAUGACAGAGAGACAUUUUUAAAAAAAGGACGAUUAGUGGGAUUGAAAUAA